AUGCCAAAACAACAAUUACUACCAUCAUCAGAAUAUCGAAUUUUAGUCUUAGGUGAUAAAGCUGUAGGUAAAACUUCUCUUAUUGCACGUUAUGUUCGAAAUGAAUUUCCUUAUCAAAAACGUUUACAUAUAAAUUCUGAUAAUUCAACAAUAUACCAAACAAUAAUUGAUGGAACGGAUUAUACAUUUAUUUUUUGUGAUAUAUCAACAAUAUCAGAAUUUGAAAAAUUAAAAUUAUCUGAUACAAUUCCAACAGCAUGUUUAAUUUUAUUUUCUAUAACUGAUGAAAAAAGUUUUACACAAUUAAAUUUUUUUUAUGAAACAAUUCGUUUAAAAUUUUCAAAUCAAUCAUUACAUGUACCUAUUUUAAUUGUAGCAAAUAAAAUUGAUCUGGAACAUGAUCGUGCUGUUAAACAAGAAUCUAUUGAUAAAUUAAAAUCAAGUGGUUUUGAUGUAUAUGAUAUAAGUAUCAAAGGAAAUGUUGGUAUUGGUGAUGUUAUUUAUACAGCAGUCAAACAUUUACAAUAUGAUAUUUUAGAAAAAGUUAAACCAGAUACUGUCUGUGCUUGUAUAAUAACAUAG